UUCUGUCAACUGUCAUUUAACUUAACCUAACUAUUUUUAAAUUGAAUUCUAAAGCGUUUAUUUGGUUUAAAUUCUUCGUAAUGGCUAGUUUUAAAGAGCGAUGUGUGGAAUAUUUCGGUACGGAUGAUAUUUAUGAGAUAUUAGGCGUCGAACAUGAUGCUACAGAGAAAGAAAUUAAAAAAGCUUAUCACAAAUUGUCUCUUUUGGUGCAUCCGGAUCGAGUUGAUGACAGCAAAAAGGCGUUGAGCACCGAGAAAUUUAAAGUCCUUGGGAAGAUACACACAAUUCUUCAAGACAAAGAAAAGAGGAAGAUUUAUGACGAUUAUGGAGAGAUUGAUGAAGAAACCGAUUCCAGUUUCAAUUGGCUUGAUUAUUGGAGGGCUAUUUUCAAGAAAAUUGAUGUUAAAGUGAUUGAAGAGUAUGAAAAGAACUACAUUGGAUCUGAGACUGAAUUGCGUGAUAUUAAAAAGGCCUAUGUUGCUGGUAAAGGCAACAUGGACCUGAUUUUGGAGAUGGUACCAUUCAGCAAUUGCGAUAACGAACCAAGAAUUUUGGAAAUUGUGAGGAAAAUGGUCGAUGAGGGUGAAGUUGAAGAAUAUCCAGGAUUUUUCAAUGAAUCAGCAGCAAAAAAAGCCAGAAGGAAGAAGAAAUAUGACAAGGAGAAGAAAGUAGCAGAAAAAAUUAACAGACAAACUUUGGAGGAAGAAAUCAAGUUAAAUAACGAGAAACGUUUGAAGGGUUUUGCUGACAUGAUUUCAGACUUGGAAGCCAAGUAUGGAGGAGGGGCAAAAAAACGCAAAUCUCUAACAAAUGGACAAAAAACUCCAGUAAAGAAGCGCAAAACUAAAAAAUAAUUAUUUCAAGCAUUUUUGUAUAUUUAAUAAACAAUCAACCAAU